AUGAGAAAGUAUUACCCGGAAGAUGUUCGGGGAAAGAAGGAGAUAGAGUUCCUUGAAUUAAAGCAAGGAAGCAUGUCUAUCACUGAUUAUGCUGCAAGGAUCAUUAUGUUGGCCAAGUUCUAUCCGCAUUAUGAUGGGUCGGAUGGCGAGUACUCUAAAUGCAUCAAGUUUGAAAAUGGUUUGCGUCCUGAGAUUAAGAAAGUUAUUGGUUAUCAGAAAAUCCGUGUCUUUUCGGAUUUGAUUGAUAGUUGUGAAUCAUUGAGGAGGACAGUAAUGCUCAUUAUAAGAUUAUGUCUGAUAAGAGAAACAAAGUUCAGUAAAGCCGUGGAAAAUCGUAUGAUACUCCAGCUAGUAAAGGGAAACAAAAAGCGUUUCAAGGGCGAAGAACUAGUGGGGGAGAUGCUCCUGCUAGUAUUGUUUGUUACAAGUGUGGGAAACCUGGCUACAAAAGUAAUGUUUGUCGAAGCGAUGUUAGAGCUAAGGAGAAUGAGAUGA